AUGCUGGUCCUCGCUAUCUACAUCGUGACCUUCACCGUGGGCCUCCCGGCCAACGUCUUCGUUUUCGCCACCCUCUUGAGCACCGCCCGGCGGCGCAUCUCCUCCUCCACCAUCCUUCUCCUCAACCUGACGGCUGCUGAUCUUCUCCUCCUCCUCUUCCUCCCGUUCAAGAUGGUCGAAGCAGCUGCUGACAUGACCUGGCCCUUACCGGUUGUCCUCUGCCCGAUCGCCAACUACUGCUUCUACUCCACCAUCUAUCUCAGCAGCCUUUUCUUGGCGGCCCUCAGCGUUGAGCGGUAUAUCAGCGUCGUCUUCCCCCUCCGCUACAAGGACCGGAGAAGACCAGGGCGGGCGAUGGCCGCCAGCGUCAUCAUCUGGCUCUUGGCUUGUUCCCACUGUUCCAUCGUCUUCAUCGCCCAGUAUCACGGUAGUGGGAACUGGCCCACAACCAACAGCUCCACAGUUAUUGGCUCCGAUGGUUCCAAAACGUCCAACCCCGAUGGGUUCAAGUCCAACGGCUUUGACGUCUCCAACCCCACGUACUCCACUGUUGACAGCUUCGUCCACGGUAGCUUGAGGAUGUCCGGCGCCGAUGACUUCAACCCUGAUGACUUCAAGAUGUCCCCUCGAGAUGGCUCCGUCACCGACGGCUUCGACCCCAGCGGUUCCAAGAUCUCCAGCCCCCACACCACCAACGGCGCCGUCUCCACACGGAACGGCUCCAGGAUCUCCAACCCCAACAUCUCCACCUCCAAAACGUCCACCCACCGUGGCGCCGACGUCCAGGCACUCUCCGGCUCCACCGAUGCCUCCCAGACCUCCACCGGUCCCAGUUCAUCUGCUCCCAACAUCCGUGACAGCUCCAACACCACCAACCCCUACAAAUGCUAUGAUGACUUCUCCACAGAGCAGCUGAGCUUUGUCCUCCCGCUACGCCUGGAGCUCUUCCUCGUCCUCUUCCUCCUCCCCUUCACCGUCACCAUCUUCUGCUACAUCAACUUCGUGCGAGUUCUCCUCGCCCGGCCGAAUAUCCCGCUGGAGAAGAAACAACGAGCCGUGGGCUUGGCCGUGGCCACCAUGGUCAACUUUGGGGUCUGCUUCGCACCCUACAACAUCUCACACGUGGUGGGCUUCGUGGAGAAGAAGAGCCCAGAGUGGAGGGUCUACGCUUUGCUCUUCAACGCCGCCCUCGACCCCGUCAUCUUCUACUUCUCCUCCACGGCGGUGCAGAAGGCCACGGCCGGGGUGGUGGUGGCCGUGCGGAACAAGCUGGGGGGAUUGGUGGGCUUGUGUUACAGGACGCGUUCUCCUGGGACCUCCCAGGGCGAGUCUGAUGGUUCCUUGUCAUGA